GACGGGAGCGCGCACUCGCGCGUGCGUGAGCUGGCGCGCGGGGAAGGGCCGGGUCGCGCGGAGGCUCGAGCGGCCUUCGCCAUUUUGUGGGGUUCUCUCUGACGCGGGAGCCGCCGCCGCCGCCGCCGCCCCCCGGAGGCUCUCAGGAUGGUGAAGCUGUUCAUCGGAAACCUGCCCCGGGAGGCCACCGAGCAGGAGAUCCGCUCGCUCUUCGAGCAGUACGGGAAGGUGCUGGAAUGUGACAUCAUUAAGAACUACGGCUUCGUGCACAUAGAGGACAAGACGGCGGCCGAGGAUGCCAUCCGCAACCUGCACCACUACAAGCUGCACGGGGUGAACAUCAACGUGGAGGCCAGCAAGAACAAGAGCAAAACCUCCACCAAGUUACACGUGGGCAACAUCAGCCCCACGUGUACCAACCAGGAGCUGCGGGCCAAGUUUGAGGAGUACGGUCCGGUCAUCGAAUGUGACAUCGUGAAAGAUUACGCCUUUGUCCACAUGGAGCGGGCCGAGGACGCGGUUGAGGCCAUCAGGGGCCUUGACAACACAGAGUUUCAAGGCAAAAGAAUGCAUGUGCAAUUGUCUACAAGCCGCCUUCGGACUGCGCCCGGGAUGGGAGACCAGAGCGGCUGCUAUCGGUGUGGGAAGGAGGGGCACUGGUCCAAAGAGUGUCCGAUCGAUCGUACGGGCCGCGUGGCAGACUUGACUGAGCAGUAUAACGAACAGUACGGAGCCGUGCGCACGCCUUACACCAUGGGCUAUGGGGAGUCCAUGUAUUACAGCGACGCCUAUGGAGCACUGGACUACUACAAGCGCUACCGGGUCCGCUCCUAUGAGGCGGUGGCGGCAGCAGCAGCAGCUUCUGCGUACAACUACGCAGACCAGACCAUGUCCCAUCUGCCUCAAGUCCAGAACACAGCUGUGACCAGUCACCUCAACUCCACUUCUGUUGAUCCCUACGACAGACACCUGCUGCCGAACUCCGGUGCUGCUGCCCCCUCAGCUGCUAUGGCUGCCGCCGCGGCCCCCACUUCUUCCUAUUACGGAAGGGACAGGAGCCCCAUUCGUCGUGCUGCAGCUGUGCUCCCCGCAGUGGGAGAGGGCUAUGGCUAUGGGCCAGACAGCGAGCUGUCUCAGGCUUCGGCGGCUGCACGGAAUUCCCUGUAUGACAUGGCCCGGUGUGAGCGGGAGCAGUAUAUGGACCGAGCACGGUACUCAGCCUUUUAAAAACUGGAGGUGAGAGUGGGGCAGGUGUGGUUAAAAGAUUCCAUUUAGUUCCCUUGAAAGAGACCCAUGCUUUAGAGGGGAAGGUAAAGCCACCUGUUUGCUGUCAGGACAUUAGUAUCCUAAAGGUAUAAAUUACUUGCUUAAAUAUUUCUUUAGCUUAACAGAGGUUCAUGUGGCCUGUUGAGGUUUUAGUGUUUUGACUCCAACAAUCUUGUUCCUUCUGAGAGAAGAAACUGAGUUAGUGAGAAUACUGUGUUAAGUGUAAGCUAAUCUGGGUUACAGAAAUAGUUAAGAGAACUAACAUUUAUUAAGUGCCCUCUGUAUAUAUCAUAUAAUUUAACCUACACAAUAAGCCUUUAAGGUAUGUUCUGUUGUAGAGAGAAGGGAACUAAGCCUCAGGUUAAGUACUUUGCCUGGAGUCAUCUGAUAAUUGAGUAGAGCCAAAAUUCAAACUCAGGCCUGGCUGACUCCUAAACCCAUUAUCUUUCCACUAAAGUCACUGGUGUAAACUUAAGAGUACAGAGUACAGGUUCAGGAGUUAAUAAUGCAUGUCACAGUGAGAAUUUUAACUAUAACUUUAGACUUCCAAUUGGCUAAUAAAAAUCUACUUGAGUCAUUAAGCUUUAUCAGAGGAACCUUUUCUAAUAUAUAGCUAUAAGCCAAAUACAGUUUAUAAAUUUUCGGUGUUUAGUUAUAAGACACUUGCUUGAAAUCUGAAUGUUUUGAUGCCACUGUCCCAUGCAGUCCCUUAUCUAGAGCAGCGGUCACCAACCUUUGUGGACCACCAGUUGGCGACCUCUGCUCCAAAUGUUUCUUUAAGGUUUCCUUAAACCAGUGGUCGCCAAACUUUUGGACCUCAUGGACCACCUGUUGGCGACCCCUGAUCUGGAACGCUGAUCUGGAACAUCUCAUUGGAUCGUAAGCCGUAUCUCUGCAUAGUCAGUGAUACUUUCAUAGCCUGAUGCGUCCCUUUUUCCCCAGCAAGUUUGGUUUGGUUUGAGAAUAUUUAAGGAACUAGAUAACUGGGUAAUUUUGGAUGUGUAUAAAAUCCCACUGGUGACCCUGGGAAUUUAAUGUUUCCUACUUCAGAAAAUGUAUGCAAAGACGUUAGAAGGGCAAGAGUAAUAAGACUGAUACAUCUCUUCAAGCAGAAAUGGUAUCACGACAACUAUUUAUUUUCCUGGUUUUCCUUGUACCUUGAAAUUGAGAAUCACUUGAAUGGGAGGCCUAAUAGCAAAGUUAAACUUAGUUACCAUGAGUUUUCAGGGUACCUAACUUAUCCCUUUGGUAGAUACUUAGAAAAAAACAAAGCAGUAGGAACUGCCCUUUUUCAUAGAGAGAAGCAAAUUUGGCAGGAACUUAUGACCAUGAGACCAGGACAAGACUGGGAUCUCCUGAGACCACUGUCCAGUCGUGUGUUCAUAUACAUGAAGUUGAUAACCUUACAACUUGUGUAGUUUGCCAUUACUUUUACUUUUAAUACAGCUGAAUCUGCCAUGAAAUGGGAUAUGCCUCUAAAAUAAGGUGAUAUUAUCCAUCAGAUAACUCCUCUUGAAUGUUUCAAAGUUAAAUAUUAAGUUAGUAUAUAGUAUUUUAAAGUGAAUUUUGAGUGCAAACAGUGGUUGUUCAACUAACCUCUUUUUAACGAUGACUUUUAAAGAAACUUACCUUCCAGGUGUGAACCUCAAAUGGACUGAAUAACCCUGAGUUGGUUGCAGUCCCAGGAGCCUGAUGGUAAUGAGGCUGCCAGGAUGAAAUACUCCAGAACUGUUGGGGAUCCAAUUUCGGGUUUCACUCUAGCAGAACUGAUUCAAGAACGUCACAGCUUUUGAAGUCCAUUGGCACAGAUCAAGACCAAGAUUUGGCCCUUUGUCUGUAAUAAGUAGAGGAGCUUGGUGUGAGUUAACUUUUUUUUCCCCCCAGCCAUUGGUGUCUGGAGCUUCCAUCAUCAGUGGAAGAACUAGAGAAUUUUAGGAUUUCUUCUUUUGAUUUGAUAAGGGAGAUGUGGUCAAUUAGGGGAACUACUCUUAAUAGAAUUAUGGUUCUAAAUCUAUGACUGACCUGUAGGUAUGUUAGAGGGUAAAUAAACACUCCUUGAUACUUAUUUACUGUGAAAGAUUAAGAUGAAACAAAUUUAGAAUAGAGCAGUUAGCCAUAUUUGAGAUCUUAGCAUCUUCUGCUUUUCCUGGACCCAAAAAUUAAAUUACAGUUCUUGGUAGUCUGUAUGCCCUUUGGUAUAGUGAGAAUAGCUUUGUAUCACAGAAGUUGUCUUGCCUAAAAAAUAGGUAAGAAAAUGAGAAAUAUGUGUUUAUCAACACAGCAGUCUUCCAGAUAGAUUGCUUCUAGUUCUAUUAUAGCUAUAAGUAGAUUCCUAUAUAUAGUCAUGAUCAUGAGUCCUGGGUAAUUACAUGGGAUAAGUUUGAUCCAGUCUGACUCGGUUUUGUUUUGUUCUUUGUUCUUUUCCCCCUGGAAUGCAGGACAGGACCAGGGCCCUUGUACUCGGAGCCAAGCUGCUCUCCAGGCAGUGUGUAAGCCUCUUGUGUUGUGCUCUCUUUCAGGUAGGAUAAUUGUGGAUGAACCCUCGGGCUGCGGUCAUAUAAGAGAACUUGCUUCGCGCGGUCCCCUUUGCCGGGAUGUUUCCAUUGCUUCAUGUUUCAGUAAACAAAGGAGUUUGUGACCAACUAUGUUUUCUUUCUUAAUUUAAUUCUUCUAAGUUGACUUUUCUUUUUUCUUAAUAUAAGGGUCUAUAGCCUUUCAUUCUAUUCCUUAUAUUCCCAGCCUCUGAGCAGCCUUAGGUAAGGAUUAUGCUGGCACCCCUUUUCCUGUACAGUGGAACCCUUACCUUGCUUUCCGUAGGAGUUGAAUCCUCCUUCCUGUCUACCUGAAACAUCUCCUUAACCUUUAAAAUGACCAUUUAGUGGCAAGCAACCUUUUCCUCUUCGGUUAGCUUUGGACUUAACAUUGAAGCUAAUCUUCUGCAAUUGCUAGGACCACUGGGGUGGGGAUGUUUGUUUUUUUAUGUCUGACAUGUGAUCGUGGUACAGCAUUUGCUGAAAUUGAGCCUUGUUUUGCUCCACUCCCCCUUUUUUUUUUUUUUUUAAUAUUUUGACAAAUAAACGUUUCUAACACUUAA